AUGGGUGAGGCAUCGUCGUUCAUCGCGGUGCGUUUGGCGAGAAUCAUUCCCAUCCUCGCUAUCCUCGCUGCUUCUUAUUAUGUAUUUCUUACCUGCUUUGCUUCUUUCCAUGCCACAGAUGUUCCUGUUCCCGAAGAAUUGAAUAAUCACGAGCUAUUCCUCGAUUCGGUAGACGAAACUGAGGAAAAUCUUACUCACGAUCCUAACGCUACGCCUGCUCCUCAUGUCCUCUCUUAUGCAGAGAUUGAGGCGCUUGAAGACAAGGGAGAUAUUAUAGGCUUUGAGGAGGACGACGAAAUUGAGGUCUUCCUCAACAUGGACGAUGACGGCGACUGGGAGGAAGAAGAUCUCAGAAAGGAACUCGAAGGGGAGCUUGAAGAAGAGUUUACCGACGGAGAUGAUGAUGAUGAUGGCGGUGACUACUAUGAUGAUGACGACGACGAUGAUGUCGAUUGGUCGCGCUUUGCCUACAUUCAGUAUGUCACUAACGAGGACUAUCUCUGCAACUCGGUCAUGAUCUUUGAGCAAUUGCAUCGUCUUGGUAGCAAGGCUGAUCGCUUGCUCAUGUAUCCUAAGGAGAUGCUUGAGCCAGAUGCUGCGUACUCAAGCAAACGUGGUGGACAGCUUCUUAUCAGAGCUCGCGAUGAGUACAACGUUACUCUUCAACCGAUUGAGAUCCAACAUCGUGAUGGACAAGAUGAAACGUGGGCCGACUCCUUCACCAAGCUCCUCGCCUUCAACCAAACCCAAUAUCACAGAGUUCUCUCCCUUGACUCAGACAGCAUGGUCCUCCAACAUAUGGACGAACUCUUCCAACUACCUCCCUGCCCCGUCGCCAUGCCACGCGCGUACUGGCUCUACAACGAGAACCCUCCCAAGAGGAUUCUCUCAUCGCAGGUCAUGCUCAUUGAACCUGACGACGUGGAAUUUGAGCGUAUCGUGCAAAAGAUGAACAGCAUCGGCCCCAACGACUACGACAUGGAGAUUGUAAACAGCUUGUACCUCGACAGUGCUCUCAUCUUGCCCCAUCGCAAGUAUGACAUGCUCACAGCCGAGUUCAGAAACAAGGAUCACACCGCGUACUUGGGCAGCGAGCGUGAGAAGUGGGAUCCCACUCUUGUGCUUAGCGAGGCCAAGUUUGUGCACUUUUCGGAUUGGCCUGUUCCGAAGCCGUGGAUUCAUGAUGUUGAGACUAGACUGAAGAACCAACCUGAUUGUCCUGAAGGUGAGACGAGUUGUCCUGAUAGAGAUAUCUGGAAUAGCUUCUACACUGACUUUGCAGACAACAAAGAGCGAGUUUGUGAAUCUGUGGGUAAGACUGGACAGAAAUGGAUACAUUGGAGAAGAAUGUAG